AUGGCCAACGACGAGUACGAUUUCCUCUUCAAAGUGGUGUUGAUUGGAGACUCUGGUGUCGGAAAGUCCAACCUGCUCAGCCGGUUCACCCGCAAUGAGUUCAACCUAGACUCCAAGUCGACCAUCGGCGUCGAGUUCGCCACGAGAUCGAUCCAGGUCGACAACAAGACCAUCAAGGCUCAGAUUUGGGACACUGCCGGUCAGGAGCGGUAUCGCGCCAUCACUUCUGCCUACUACCGCGGCGCCGUCGGCGCUCUCCUCGUCUACGAUAUCAGCAAGAACAUCACCUACGAGAACGUAACCCGGUGGCUCAAGGAGCUGCGGGAUCAUGCCGACAGCAACAUUGUCAUCAUGCUGGUGGGAAACAAGAGCGAUUUGCGACACCUCAGAGCUGUUCCUACAGAUGAUGCCAAGAACUUUGCGGCCGAGAACCACCUCUCUUUUAUCGAGACUUCGGCCCUCGAUGCGACCAACGUUGAGCUUGCUUUCCAAAACAUCUUGACCGAGAUCUACAACAUCGUAUCGACCAAGAGUUUCGCCGAGGAGGACGGCAAGAAGUUCGACCCAAGGGAGGGCGGCACAAACAUCACGCUGAGCCAGGAAGGGCCAAAGGGGGAGUCCAAGGGUUGCUGUUAA